AGUUUUCUAAAGUGUUAACAUGUGUUACCAAUCUAUUUAACGCCUUUUAUGAAAAAGUGCUAUUAUUUUAAAAAAGGUGUUAAUAUUCAAAGCGUUAAAUAUAUAGUUAUGGCUAUUAUGUGAUUAAAUACGUGCCUUAUUAAUGUUAAUAAAUUAAUAUUUGUUUUAUAAAUUCACUUUGCCCAAUCAGAAGCUACCAAAUACACCAACAUGAUUUCACGUUUGAAGUUGAAUUAUUUAAAUACACCCGUCUCGGAGAGUGAUAAUAAAGCAUCACCUAUUUUGGAAAAGGCAGAGCCAUUAACAGAUCCAAAGAAACUAAUAAGACAAGUAACCAUUGAACCGGAACCAGACUCUCUAGACAGUGUGCUGCUGAAUCCACAGUCAUAUCCCAUUACCAUAAUACCAAAUCGUCCAAAUACAUUUUAUGGUUUAACCACACAGAAUGGAAAACCUUUUACAAGGCAACAAAGUAGUAGAUCACGCAACUAUCGACCUGGUAGUAUGCGCAAAGUACGACGACGAGCUGUAUUCAAGAAUGGCGACUGCAAUGUGCUACAAAAAAACCUAACCAAAAGACGUUUACGUUUUCUACAGGACAUGUACACCACCCUGGUAGACUCACAAUGGCGCUGGACUCUAUUGGCAUUUGCUCUGUCAUUUAUAUUGUCUUGGCUGUUAUUUGCUGUUUUAUGGUGGCUGAUCAUGUAUACACAUGGUGAUUUGGAAGAGCUGCAUUUGCCAGACAAGCAGGAGGAAAGUGGUUGGGAACCCUGUGUGUCGGCCAUAAACGGUUUCACUUCCUGUUUCCUGUUCUCCAUUGAAACCCAGCAUACCAUUGGUUAUGGUGUACGUACCACUUCGGAAGCAUGUCCCGAAGCCAUCUUCAUGAUGUGCUUCCAGUCCAUUUAUGGUGUCAUGUCUUCAGCCUUUAUGGCCGGUAUUGUUUUUGCCAAAAUGACCCGAGCCAAACAACGUGCCCAGACUUUACUGUUCUCGAAGAAUGCUGUCAUCUGCCAGCGUGAUGGUACUCUUAGUCUUAUGUUCCGUGUGGGUGAUAUGCGCAAGUCCCAUAUCAUAGGUGCCUGUGUUAAAGCCCAAUUGAUACGCACUCGCACCACCAAGGAAGGCGAAGUGAUGACUCAACAUUUCACGGACUUGGAUAUUGGAUCGGAUGAGUCUGGCUCCGAUAUCUUCUUCAUUUGGCCCAUGGUCAUUGAGCAUAAAAUCGAUGAAAACUCUCCUCUCUAUAAUAUAUCAGCCACUGAUUUGCUACAGGAUAAAUUUGAAAUUGUUGUCAUACUUGAGGGUACCGUAGAAUCAACGGGUCAAUCCACACAAGCUCGUUCCAGUUACAUUAACACCGAGAUUUUAUGGGGCCAUCGUUUCGAUCCGGUUGUUGUUUACAACAAAGAUCGCCAGGCUUAUGAGAUUGAUUAUGCUCGUUUCAAUGAAACGACACAGGUUGAUACGCCUCUAUGUAGUGCCCGGGAUUUGAAUGAAAUCUAUAAGAUACAAGAGGGUUUCACAACACCGGAAACCACAUUUACCAUGCGUCAAAUGUCCCUCGUCCCUCCAUCUGAACAGGCAUCAUAAAAAUGAAACUAAAACCAAAAAUAAAAAAUAAAAAAACAAAUUCAAACAAAAGACAUUUUUAUAUCAACGAAAUCGUUUUCAAACUAAUUCAAAAUCCAUUUAAAAUAACGAACAAAACCCAAAUUGCUUAAACUAAAUUUAAUUUACAAAUAAAUCAGAAAACUAAAUAAAUAAAAGGAAAUCAUGUUAUGAACAAACAAACUAAAAAAAAUCACAAUAAUUUUAAUUCAGCAAAAACAAAAAAACUAAAACUAUAUUUAUGAUCAUGUUGUUUUAUUUAAUUUUUAUUCGUUGUUGUAGACAAUAGUAUUCGUAUGUUUUAAGUAUUUAGUAGACAUUCAUUUGUAUUGUACUCGUAUGUGUUUUAUUAAUAAAUAAUAAUAAUAAUAAAAAAUUGUUAUGUUUACAGUUACAAAAAAAA